AUGGAGCGAGCGAACGGCCUCAGAGUCGCGGCUGUACUAGUGAUAUUGGUGCUGCGGCAGGCGGAGGGCCAGAGCAACAUCGACACGAGACUGCCGAUCAUGAGACGGUCCCCGGGACGGACGAACGAGUCCCACUACGAAAGCCAUCUGGACGACCUCUUCGGCUUCGCGUUUGCCUUUCACGAAAUGGAGGAGAUAUUAUCGGGAGACGGAGCAGAGCAAGCCGCAGGGAAAACUAGGUGA